UUGACAGAGGAGGUUUUGUGCUGCAGCUGCAGGUCUCCAGCCCCAGAUCCCGGCUCCUGCUCCUCUGCUUCAGUCCCUGAGUAAUCCACUGGAUCUCUCCGCUAUGUCCUGCAAUGGAUCCUGCACUGGGGGGUGAUCCCGAGCCUGUGAGCUGCCUGAAGAAGGGUUUGUAGCUGUGAGGGGGGAUCUGCACAGCCCAUCCCUCUGCUUGGCUCCUCUUCUCCUCUGACUACAAGGAUCUGCAGACAGGAGAAUCUCAUCCUCCAAGGGGGGGUCUGCUGCCUAUCUACAGGGGAUCCUGACUGCUGCUCGUCCGGCUGGAUUUGCCCUUGCUUCCUCUGGUUUGAUCCCACAGUGAAGAUGGAGGCUGUGAUAGAGAAGGAGUGCAGUGCCCUGGGGGGUCUGUUCCAGACCAUCAUCAGCGACAUGAAGGGAAGUUACCCAGUUUGGGAAGAUUUUAUUAACAAAGCUGGAAAACUGCAGUCACAGCUCAGGACCACCGUGGUGGCGGCUGCAGCGUUCCUGGACGCCUUCCAAAAGGUAGCUGACAUGGCAACCAACACCCGGGGGGCGACCCGAGAAGUUGGUUCUGCUUUGACCAGAAUGUGUAUGAGACAUCGCAGCAUCGAGUCCAAACUCAGACAGUUUUCCAGUGCUCUGAUUGACUGCCUGAUCAAUCCAUUACAAGAGCAGGUGGAGGAAUGGAAGAAGGUUGCGAAUCAACUUGACAAGGAUCAUGCAAAAGAAUACAAAAAGGCUCGUCAAGAAAUCAAGAAGAAGUCAUCAGACACCCUUAAACUGCAGAAAAAAGCUAAGAAAGGGAGAGGAGAUAUACAGCCCCAGCUGGACAGCGCUCUACAAGAUGUCAAUGACAAGUACCUUCUCCUGGAGGAAACUGAGAAACAAGCGGUCAGGAAAGCCCUUAUCGAGGAGCGCAGCCGCUUCUGCUCCUUCAGCUCCAUGCUGCGGCCUGUCAUAGAGGAAGAGAUUUCAAUGUUGGGGGAGAUCACACACUUACAGACCAUAUCUGAAGACCUGAAGACCCUAACCAUGGAUCCACAUAAACUUCCUUCUGCCAGUGAACAGGUGAUUCAUGAUUUAAAAGGCUCAGACUAUAAUUGGUCUUACCAGACUCCACCCUCGUCUCCGAGUACCACCAUGUCUCGCAAAUCCAGUGUCUGCAGCAGUCUGAACAGCGUUAACAGUAGUGACUCCAGAUCCAGUGGUUCCCACUCACACUCACCCACUUUGCACUAUCGCUAUCGCAGCUCCAAUCUGCCCCAGCAGGCCCCAAUGAGACUGUCCAGCGUCUCCUCCCAUGAUUCCGGCUUCAUCUCCCAGGAUGCUUUUCAAUCAAAGUCUCCGUCCCCCAUGCCGCCGGAAGCUGUCAACCAGAAUUCGUCCAGUUCAGCUUCAUCCGAAGCCUCUGAGACCUGCCAGUCCGUGAGCGAGUGCAGCUCUCCGACUUCUGUGAGUUCUGGAUCCACCAUGGGAGCGUGGGCCUCCACUGAUAAGUUGUCUAAUGGGUAUUAUCACUAUAGUUUGUCCAGUGACCUGUCCACCACAGGUCAUUUCACCCAUUUCCCACUCCCAGCCUCACGUCCUUGGACCCGGUCUAGCUCAGAUUGUCAACACUAUUACACCAUUGGGCCGGGCGUGUUACCAUCGUCUAAGAUCCCCAGCUGGAAGGACUGGGCUAAGCCAGGUCCAUACGACCAACCUAUGGUGAACACUCUUCAGAGGCGUAAACGUGAAGCCGAUUCCAGCGGAGGAGCCUAUAUCUCAACUCUAGGACUGACCAGCGAUGCCCGAUUGCACAGGAAUGCCGGUGUAUCUGCAGCAUUUAGGCAAGGUGAAGAAACAGAGAACUGCGACGAGUUGGCUCUGGCAUUGAGCAGAGGAUUGCAGCUUGACACGCAGAGGAGUAGCAGAGAUUCCUUGCAAUGUUCUAGUGGAUACAGCACACAGACCACAACCCCUUGCUGUUCAGAAGAUACCAUCCCUUCCCAAGUUUCAGAUUACGAUUACUUCUCGGUGAGUGGAGACCAAGAACCUGACCAACAGGAUUUUGAUAAAUCUUCCACCAUCCCUCGAAACAGUGAUAUCAGCCAGUCCUACAGGAGGAUGUUCCAAGCCAAACGUCCUGCCUCCACCGCUGGGCUACCAGCCGCUUUCGGACCUGUGAUCACACCUGGUGUGGCCACCAUUCGUAGGACACCAUCCACCAAGCCAUCAGUGAGACGUGGCACUAUUGGUGGAGGUCCCAUACCGAUAAAGACACCGGUUAUACCCGUUAAGACCCCCACAGUGCCAGAUAUGCCAGGUGGGUUCCCCACCAGCACAAGUGAAGAAUACCCUGAGCAAAGCCCCGACACCCCUUCCCUCGUAGAAGCUUCCACCGGAGAAAUGCCAACUUCACUGUGGAGCGGACAGGCUUCUGUAAACCCCCCAGUCCCGGGACCACAAGGCAUGAUUGUGGAGGAACAGAGGCAAGGAAGGUCAGAAAAUGAUGAAGAUGAUGAUGAUCAGGAUGGAUCUUUCAUCCCCGAUGCCCCGGUUCAAGCCCAUCCAGAGCCAACAGAGUCUGCUCCAGAAGAGGCACCUCAAGGAGAUGACAUGCUUUAUGCUAUCCGCCGUGGAGUUAAACUUAAGAAAACCAGCACAAAUGAUCGCUCGGCCCCACGUCUCUCCUAGAGAAUUGGGACACUAUGGCCGGGACUACAGAACUUUCACCCUGGUGACUCCCUUUAACCCAUUCCAGUCCGUGACCGGCGGAUUGUCUAGGAGCGUACACAGGGUUGACUCUUAAUAAAAGAAGAUAAAUCUAUAUAUUCUCACAGUUAAGCAGAGUAGAAGAGUUACUAUCUGUCCGUGUCCUCAUGCUGUAAAAAGUCUUCUGACUUCUGCACAUAGUUAUUCCCCUCUCUGUUUUUUUUCUGGUUAUUUUUGGCCCCUCCCAAUUUUUUUUGUUCCCGUUUUUUCCAUAAAGUGCCAAAAUCUUUUUUUUUUCCAUUUUGUAUCUAGACGUCUUUGUAAAUUUUCAAACUGCUUUAAAUGGGAUAAGGAACAAGUGUGUAUCGUAAUAGAAGAAGGACUGUUUUUGUGAACCCCCUCCCCCCACCCCACCAUCGAAAAGAAAAAAAAAUAACUUUGUAUAGAUCAAGCAUGAGCAUACCUUUUUUGGCAUGAUGGGAGAUGUAGUUCAACAACCGUUGCAGUCAGAGGAUGAUAAGGUGUAGACCACCUCCGAAUCACCGCAGCUUAGUUUUUUCCUAUACACAACUACAAGCUUAGGUUUUACUUUUUAAUGAUUAUUAUUUUUAAAUAUUUUUUUUCAAUUUUUUUUUAAACUGUUAUAAAUUAUUAACAAUUAAAAGCAAUAUAGUAAAAAAAAACGUAGCAUGUAACCAGGGGGAAUAAAGGGUUAAGAACGUUAUGAUAUAACAUAGGCUGUCAUACACGUCACCUGUAAUCUAGUCAUCGCCUGUAGCUCCAUGAUAGAAGAUUCAAGCCAGUCCAGACCACUAAUCCAUAGAGUGCUUUCCACCUACGUCAGUAUACACGUCAUAUGUAAUAUAUCAGACCCGUCAUGUCACUUUUAGUACUGUGUGUAAUGUCUUAGUAGGCAGGAAUUUAAAGGAUUUGUACAGGAUUUUAUUUUUUUUCUUGUCAAAUCAGCACCACCCUUGCACAUAGGUCAUGAUCGGUAUUACAGCUCAGCUCUAGUCAAGUGAAUGGGGCAGAGCUGCAAUACCACACACAACCUGUAAACUGCUUUGAUGCUGUUUCUGGAAGAAAUUUGCUAUUUUUUUUUUUUUUAUCUAAUCCUGUACAACCCCAUAGUUGGCAGCCAUUUUGUGGGCUAAAGCAAUAGCUAUUUAAUGAGAUAUCACAUCUAGAAUACGGACAUCGGGAACUAGCACAUGAAAUGGUUGCCAUAUCUGAAGGUUGGUGAUAUGUCCCUGCUGGGUUUUACUGUAUCGUAAAGCACUCAGUUUUUUGUUUUUUUUAUAGAUAUGUGCGCUCACACUAUCUCACCAAGUACUAACAUAAGGGGUUAAGUAUAAUGUUAAAUCUAAAAAACAGAAAAAAAAAAAAAAAGGCUAAGGCAAUUAUAAAGGUAUUAAACGUUUUAAGGUAGUUGGAAGUUCACAGAUGUAAAAUAGAGUAAAAAAUUAAUAAAAUGUAA